CCCUGAGUCACUACCCAUUUUCUCUCUGGGUCAUGCUUAAACUGUCUUUCAUUUGGAAUUAAUCCCUUUUUUCUGUCAAGACUGACGACUUUGGAUAAUAUUGGUCCUCCGAGGACAGGAGAAUGGCCACCAGACCACAAGAUGUUUUCUCUUUCAAAGAUGCCGAACUUCCCUCUCACCUGCUCGCAAAGCUCAACGUCCUCCGGCAGGAGCGCAUCCUGACAGACGUCCUGCUCUGCACUGAACAUCAGGAGAUCCCCUGCCACAGGAACGUCCUGGUGUCCAGCAGCCCGUACUUCCGCGCCAUGUUCUGCAGUAACUUUCUGGAGAGCAGCCAGGCCCGCGUGAAUUUGAAGGGAAUCUCUUCAAAUGUGCUCAUUGGCAUUGUGGACUAUGUUUAUACGGGCUGCAUCACCAUCACCAUGGACAUUGUGCUCCCACUCAUGCAGGCAGCUUCCAUGCUUCAUUAUGGAAGCCUCUUUGAAGCCUGCUCUGUGUUCCUCCAGGAGCAGUUGAGCCCGGAAAACUGCCUGAGCAUGAUCCGACUGUCUGAGAUACUUCACUGUGAGAGUUUGAAGGAGAGGGCCAAGGAGAUGGCUGUGAGGUCCUUCUCUGACGUGGCCGCUACAGAAGAUUUCUGUGAGUUGUCUCUCCCGGAGCUCAUGUGUUACCUAGAAGACGACCGACUUUGUGCUGAGGAGGAACAAGUGUUUGAGACCCUGCUGGCGUGGAUCCACCAUGACCCGUUCUCACGGAGGGGCGCAAUCCACGAUCUCUUCAAGAAAGUCCGUCUGCGCUACAUCCACCCAACUUACCUCUUCCAGUUCAUUGCCAAUGAUCCACUGGUGCAGAGCUCCAGCCUUUGCACUGAGAUAAUCGAGUCAGUCCGUCGCCUUAUGCUUACAGUCAGCGCCAAGUGCAGCCGUGAGCUGAAGCCUCUGUGGACCACACCGAGACGUUAUACCUGCAGAGAAACGCUGGUGGUAGUUGGAGGACGCAAAAACAACGAACAGACUUCAAGGGAAGCGUUACUCUAUGACGAAAGGACUCAGCGUUGGCAGUGGUUGGCCAAGCUCCCCUUGCGCCUCUACAAAGCUGCGUAUGUGUGCAUUCACAGUAUCCUCUAUGUCCUCGGUGGGCUCAGCCUCUGCAUGGCAUCAGGCGACAGCUCGGUCAGCGCUACAGUUUACACACUCUCCCUCAAAACCAACCAGUGGAGGACUGCCGAGCCCAUGCUGGAGCCACGAUAUGCCCACCAAAGCGUCUCAUACCUGCACUUUAUUUUUGUGUUAGGAGGCAUCGGUGUAGAUAAGCGCAUCUCUCAGUCAGUAGAGAGGUAUAACAGUAUGUUUAACCAGUGGGAGGCCAUGGCACCCAUGCCCACAGCCGUGCUUCAUCCAGCUGUUGCAGCCAGUGAUCAGAAGAUCUAUGUUUUUGGAGGGGAGGACGCCAUGCAGAACCCAGUCAGGCUGAUUCAGGUGUAUCACAUCGCUCGCAAUCUGUGGUCCAAAUUAGAGACAAGGACUGUGAAAAAUGUUUGUGCUCCUGCUGCCGUCAUAGACGACAAGAUCUAUAUCAUAGGAGGGUACACCACGCGAAUGAUUGCCUACGACACCAAAGCCAACAAAUUCUUCAAAUGUGAGAACCUGAAGGAGCGACGAAUGCAUCACAGUGCUACAGUGAUCAACGGCAAGAUCUACGUCACCGGUGGACGCAUCCUGAAUGGCCACGACGUCAUCGAGGACUCGGACUGCUUCGAGUGCUACGACCCAAAAACAGACGUUUGGACCUCUAAAGGUUCUCUGCCGUACAAGCUGUUCGACCACGGCUCUCUCCCGCUAGUCUGCGUUUCCAACAGACCCAACCCACCAUGACCCACCAUCUAAUCACCGCUGGCUCCUUUUUAUUGUAAUCUCCACCUGCCCUUUGCCAUUAUUUAUUGGCUUCUAACAGAAAUGGGAAACCAUGUCAGAGUGACACCAUUCUUCCACGCAGCUCAGUAAAGUGGCAUUUAAGGCCGGGCUGACUUUCAUCUGCAUCAGAGAAGAAGAGCUCAGCUGGCAUGCAGAGGUGUCAUUUCUAAGCAUCUGGGGUGGAAGUGAACCGAGAACCCCAGAAAUGAUGAGAGGCAGCUACUCGGACACGUAUGUAAUCCAAACAGCUCUUUAAAAGCUGUUUCCGCAGAUGGAUACACUUAUAUAAAGCAAACUAAAUGUGUUAAUACUGUAUUUUCCAAGAUAUUUGAACACAGCCUGUCACUCUGCAGGGCAGCUGCACUUAACUCUUGACAAAACUGAAACUGGUUAAUAAUUUGCACUUUAUAGGUAAAAAAAUAAUACAUUCCUUCUUGACCCAGAUGUGUAUCAGAGGACACUGAUUAAUGAGAAUAAGGGCUACUGCAAAGUUGUACUUGCUCUGAUGUUUGGUGACGUUUUGCAAAGAAGAACUUUUUUUUUCUCACCUGUGACAACUUUAUUCCAGUCUUGGGGGCUUGAUUUUCAGUUAAAACCCAACAAAGCGUGUUCUGUUUUAAAGAUGUCUGCUUAAAACAUGGCAGAACCAGUAUACAAAGAUGUGACGUUUUGGAUCAGUCCAAGAUCUGUGAGCAAAUAUUUCAAUGGUGGUUUACAUUCAUAUUUCACCGUGCAUGCAAAUGUCGUUAGAUAAAGACAGCACUGUGGCCUGCUGUGAGCGGCCAUGAGUAAAAAAUGUUGUUAGAUAUACUUUUUGUGUGUUUACAGGCUACAUCAGACUACAGGGGCAACCUAAAGAUGAUCUGGCAUAAUCACACCAACUGAUCUGGAAUUAAUUUUUUAUUCAUUUGGGAAAUCAUAGUCAUACAGAAAGAAAUCCUUACCUGUCAAGACUUUGAUUGCUAUUACAUCCCUCUGUGUCCUGCAGCCCUCUUGUCCCUCAUGGAGCAUGCAUUCAGUGUUUUGCUCCAGCCCUUGGUAACUCCAUUAUUGGAUAAUUUGUGGUAUGCAUCUUAAUGUUUGAGACUUUCUCACGAAUCAACUGAACAAUGCAUUGCUGCUACUUGCACAUUAAGAGACUUCCUCUUUAUUUUUGU